AUGGGCGUGGGUCUUGUGGUCGAACGGCAAGAACACGUUGUUGAUGCUCCAACAUUGCUAUCGGUGAAAAGUGUUUCAGUUACAAUCCUUUCGCGUUCGGCAUGUGAUGAUGCAAUCAAAAUGAAAAUGAAUAUUGGCGAAGCAGCUCGACUUCACGGUGGUUUUAUAGCAUCGAAGACAAGUGGACCUACGACAAGCACAAAUAUUGCUCAACAAGGUACAGCAAAUCGUCAAUCAGAAUUUACUCGUGGUGUAGCUGCUGAACCGAUCAAUGCUUUUUUACCGCUUUACAUAUGUGAUGCUCAUUUUGAACGUGUCCAAGUCAUGCUAGAACCUAUGCUUGGCUAUUUAUUUACACUUGAUAUUACUGGUUACAAGGACGAUCAAUUAUUAGGUCUGUAUUCAAUCCUUGGUCAAAUAAUGAACGCUAGUAAUCAAGGUACAUCCGAGCGUGAAGAGAUUAUUUUACGAGAAUUUACACGUUUAUGCCACGGUUGUCUUGACCGCACUCGUCAAUCCCUUGGUGAAGGUAACGAUAUACUCGAAAAAUUCAUUGCCGGCCCAAGUGGUCGUACUAAAGCUCAACUUCAAAAUAUGAUGACACUCUUUGGUUAUAUGCAUGCAGUGGGUGUCGAUACUGUUGAUGAAUUACUUCGAUAUGCAAUUGUCGAAGAGUUGUAUCGACGCCAUUUCGCCUAUUUAUAUCACGGCACCUCAGGAAAUAUUAUCGAAGAACAUCUCCAAGCAUUACUUUACGGUAUAGACGAUGAUCAACAAGCAAGCACGUCAGACAAGAAUGACUUGUCAUAUGUCAAAACAAAAAAUGACAAAUCAAACGAUGGCCGUUUUGCUUUGUAUGCUCGAGCUGUACUCAAAAAGAACGAACCACGACGACAACCACCUAAAGAGCACAUUGUUGUCGAGUUUUCAAUUGCCGAGCGAUCCAUAAGUUCAAUGAACAACAACAUACGUGCAAAAAUGACCGAACUACUAGCUGCUUUCUCUAUCAAACCUAUUAAAAAUGUACUCAGUCGAUUGGGCAUUCGUAUGAUGGAUAUGUCGAAUGAACACGAAUGUGUCGUUCUUCGAUCCAUGCUUGUUCAAUGUCUUCGUUUCUAUUCGAACGAUGCAAUAAAUUCGGCUGUCAUUCAGAAAACCUUUCUCGAUGCACGUACUAACCAUGAACAAAUUCUAGCUUUGGCACAUAAGGAAUUCGACGCUAGUCGACAACAACGCACAGAGGCCAAAAUUGAACAAAUUCGAACACUCGAAUUAGCACGACGCAUUGCAUUGACAAGUGAUAUCGGUGUUUUUCUCGGCCGAAUGAUGGCUUAUGCACCGACACGAGGUGGCAAAGUGUUUGAGACCCUCAUAGGUCUAUUGCUCGAUCGAGGUCAAACACAAGUACCAUUGCUCAAAGAAAAAAUGCUCGUUAUCUUUACGGGUCGCUACAAAGAACAUCAUGAUGCAGAAAAAGAAUUUGAAGUACUCUGCAAUGGUCUCGCCUGGUUUGCUGAUCGAUCAACGAUCAAUCGAGUUAAGGAGACGUUGGGUGAAGAUGAAUGGGAUCAAUUAGAUCGAGUUAUGCGUGGUCGAACCUGUGGUCAUGUAUAUCGUCUGUCAGAUAUUCCCAAUCGACAUGGUUAUCACAAUUCUCAUCCGAAUCCAGCGUUAGUCGUUCAAUGGAAUACCUAG